AUGUCUGAUAUCAACAAAAGAGAAUUCACUGAGCUUGCUCUUGAUGGUGGUAAUUAUUUGACUUGGGCUUUGGAUGUUGAAAUAUACCUUGCCUCAUGUGAUCUGAGCGACGCUAUAGUUCCCGAUUCUUCAUGUAGCUCCGCCCAGAAGGCGAAAGCUUUGAUUUUCUUGCGUCAUCAUCUGAAUAAGGACUUAAAAAAUGAGUACCUUACUAAAAAGGAUCCUGUUGUCCUAUGGCAAUCCCUGAAGGAUCGCUUUGAUCAACAAAAGGCCAUUAUUCUCCCUCAGGCACAAUAUGAUUGGCUAAAUUUACGCUUUCAGGAUUUCAAGUCCGUGAUUGAAUACAAUUCUACCUUACACCGUAUUGUGUCACAGCUGAAACUCUGUAAGCAAGAAGUUACAGAGAUUGAUUUGAUAGAGAAGACUCUAUCUACUUUUCAUGCCAGUAACCUUGUACUCCAGCAGCAGUACAGGGCCAAGAAUUAUACUAGGUAUUCUGAACUCAUUUCUGCUUUACUUGUAGCAGAGAAACAUAAUCAGCUUUUGAUGAGAAACCACAAUGCAAGACCAGUUGGUUCACAAGCAGUGCCUGAAGCACAUGCUACCACUUAUAGAGGUGGUCGAGGGAGAGGCCGAGGAAAAGCGAAUUGGUCCCAACGUGGUGGACGAGGUUGGUCCCAUAGAGGAGGUCGAGGUCGAGGUCGAGGUCGUGGAUACAAUCAUAUUGCUAGAUUCCAAAGUCAUGGAAAAGGAUUUCAUAAGACAUCGCAUCCACAAGAAGCAAGUACAUCUCAGCAAACUCCAGAAAUACAACAAACUUGUUACAGGUGUGGGUGCGAGGGUCAUUGGAGUCGUACAUGUCGCACCGCCAAGCACCUCGUUGAAGCAUACCAAAUGUUGCAAAAGAACAAGAAAGGCAAGAAAAUUCGAAGUGAAAUACAUCAUGUCAGUUUGCCUGAAGCAAAUUUGGAGUUUAAUGCCAAUGAUGAUGAUUUAAUGCAACUUGAUCUUGAAGAUUAUGGAGAUCAAAAGUAA